AUGUAACGUAGGUGCACUAACAAAUAAAAGCACAGAAAUGAUGGAAUAAUCAGAAUUACUAGUUUCAAUAUUCUUCCACUACCUUCAAACAAACUACCCCUUUUUCAAACAUAGCUACCUCACCUCCAGCUGAUGAUUUUCGCCAACAAAUCAGACCAUAGAGGCAAGUACCUACCCAAAAUCAAAUACUUGGGCACCUGUCAUUUCAAAACCCCCAAUCCUAUGAAAUUUCCAGCUGCCGUAAAACCACAAUAAUAAAUUCAGGUUUCAGUGCAUUCCGUCCGACACCCAGCUUUACUCUAUAUCUAAAUAGUGUAGUGUUAUUAGCAAAGGAGGAGUCCCACAUGUGAUAAUUAUAGCGUCGUCGUCGGCACUCCACUACGUAUCGUACCGAAUUUUCAGAUUCUGGCGACACUGCGUUGGCCUGCAGUACCAAUUUUAAGGUACCUACCAAUAAUUGAAAGUGAACGCGAAAAGUGGUGACGAAAAAAAAUUGUGUUUUGUGAAAUAGUGUCAAGUUUUCUAGCAAUGUGAAAAGUGGAUUUAAUUAGUUAAAUAUAAUGUGAAGCUCGUUAUAAGUAGUGCUAACAACAAUGAAGAAAUUUUGCAACAAAAUCGUUAAAAAAGAGUGGAGAGUGACUAUACCCAAUGUCAAAUCUUCACCAAGUGAAGAUAGUUCUGAUAAAAACUCCAAACGAUCAUCGGGAUUUUACGAUUUUCAAGAAGCUCAGCUGGAAUUUGAUAAAUGCAGAAGCCUGCCAACCAGUAUUUACGUUGAAAGUGCUUCAAGUACCUCAUCUAGUGACAAUGAUGAUCAAUUUCAAGAUGCACGUGAAAAAAUCCCUACUCCUGAUAUUAAAAAUAGUGAGAAAGUUAACAGGAAUAGUGCUAGCAGUGAAAAUGAAAUUUACGAAGAACCACUACUAAAGAAUAAUAUCGAUAAAAAUAAUAGUCAAUUUGAGUAUGAUGUGCCUAGAAUAAGUUUUAAGUUUAUUGAAAAAAAGAAGCUUAUGGAGGAAGAAAAUAUUUAUGAAAACAAUAUUGAGCCAGUUUUGAUAAACCAUAAAAAAAAGAGUGAGAUACAAAUAAUUUUAAAGCAACCUGAAACCGAUAACGAAGAAAAUGAUAGUAGCUUUAAAUUAGAAGAUAUCGAAGAAGCACUUGAAGAAAUAAAUAAAGAAGAUGCUAGUACCCCAAAAAGUCACCAUUCUGGAACCUUCAACACUCAAUCAGAAAUUGUUGAAACAGUUCCUGUAGCUCUAAUAAAAAGCGGUAGUGAUCCAAAUUUAGCUUAUAGAAGUGAUGAUGAAGAUUUUUACAAAGUUCCUAGAAGCCUUAAAGUUCAACACCGUCUAAGUCAAUCCAUGAGCGAUUUCGAUCCAGAAAAUAUGAACCAUAACGAAAUUGCAAAGUCACAUUCAAGCAUAGAGCAUAUUUCUUGCAGUCAAGUGCAAUUGGCUCGUCAAAAAUUAGCAUUGAAUAAAGAGUCAAACUCCUUGGAGAAGCUGGAUUAUUGUAAAACUAGAAGCAAAUUACCUGUAAGGCUUCGAAGGGCCACUUUAUUGAGAAAACCCAAAAAAGCUAUGGACUCUUGGAAUAAUUUCAAAAGCAAAAUGGCCAAUAUGAUUUUAGAACAAGCCGCUCAACAACGAGUAGGAGCUUUCAACGAUAAGGAAAAAUUGAGCUUGAACUUUGAAGAAAUGUACAAAAGCUCUAAGAAUAGGUGCAAAAAAUACUUUCAAAAUACCGGCAAAAUUAUAAGCUCCAAAUUGAGUCAAACAGGCAGAAAAAGCGAACCAACUUCCGAAGUCAACAGUUGCGCAAACUCGCCAAUUAGUGAAACUCCUGAUAGAAAAUCCAGAAUUCAAGUGAGCGACAUCGAGUAUAAGCUUAAUAUUAGUGAAGGAUGUAAUGGUGUUAGUGAUAGUGAAAAAGAGUCACCGAUGAGUAAAGGGGAGAGUGAACUGAGUGUGGAUAAGCAGGAGGAGUUUGAUUUUUCAACGAUCAAGAGUGCAUUUAAGAAGAAAUUGGUUUAUUGUCCAGAGGGCCAAAACGGCUUCGAGGACUUACGACGAUACGUCAAACAAGGAGGAGAUUUUUGCAAAGAAGUCGCCUCUAUAUUACAAGAAAGAGCUGAAGCUGAAACCCAAUAUGCCAAAAGCCUGUCGAAACUCAGCCUGAAGCUAUCCAAAGCUUGCAGGGACGGUGUCGGAGGCCUAAACGAAGCUUGGAAAAUUGUAGCGAUCGAAUUGGAAGCUAAAGCCGAAGCUCAUAGAAUAGCUGGAAGUGCACUUUUGGAGGAGACCGCGAAGCCUUUGAGGAAUUUGAGUGAAAGCCAACACAGAACAAGAAAACAGUGCGAGAAUGCAGUCGACAAAGCUGCACGAUUAUUGGGGGAUUGGAGAGCAGCUGAGGCGAAAGGGAAAAAACAUAGUCAUGUCUGUGCAAGAGACAAUGAGAAACUUCAAGAUGCUGCAGUAAUUGAUACUACAAAAUUUGGAAAACAAACGCUAUCAAAAAGUACCAGUCUUAUACAUUUGGCCCAAAGGCAAAAUUCGGUGGACAAAGAGAAUGCAAAAUUGGAAGGCAAAAAGAAGAAAGCAGAAGAUGCUGUGAAAAAAGCCGAUAUCGAAUACUAUACUUUGUGUGUUAGAGCUGAAAGGGCAAGAUUAGAAUGGGAAUCGUCAGUAUUAAGAGGAGUGAACACCUUUCAAUCACUGGAAGAGGAGAGAUUGAACAAUUUGAAGUUAAUUUUGUUGUCUUACCUGAGACAUAAUAGUGAACUACAGCCUAGGAUAGUAGAGGCCACCGAAAGACUGAAAGCGCCAAUUGAAAUGACGGAACCGACAAAAGAUUUAGUAGCUUUCCAGAAUAUGAGGCAAACAUCUCAGCAAGUCUCCGAACAACUCUUACCAGAUUUUUAUUGCGAACAUAUUACUUUGGCUAUGAACAGGGAAAGGCGAAAACAGGCAUUGAUAAAGUUACUGCACCUGAUCCGGCAAGACAUCGACAGAGAAAGAAAAUCGAAAAAUGGUUUGGAAAAUUUAUCGAAAGCCAUAAAACAAACGCCAAACUUUGGUACGGAAGAUUCUCAACAAUCCGUAGUGGAAAAAUUAUAUCAUAUGAAAUCAAUGCUAACUUAUCUCGAAGGUGCCAGAUACAAAGUUCAAAGCGCUCUGGCAGAGCUGGACAGUAGGCCUAGAUCUGGCCAUCCCUUAGCACCCCACAUCACUGUCACUAGAGAUAAAUCUGGAUUACAACAGAGCGUGCUAAAGGUUCCUCAAUGGUUAAGGGAAGAAUUUUUCGAAACCGAUCGCAGUCCUAUCAGUGAAAAAUCACUGAAAUCAGAAAAAUCCGACAAUUCUGAUCCGCACAUCAAUGAAGUGGAUGACCACAUACUGGACGAUUGGAACCAUAGGGGCGCUGCUGAUGGCAAUUCAAAUCAACCCGAUUCAGAUUUUGAUGAAUUUUCAUCUCAGUGCAGCAGCACAGACCAUCUAGAAACAGAAAACGUCCAUCCCAUAGCCAAAUGCAGAGCCAUUUACGCUUACACGCCCAAUUUAGCUGACGAAUUAACUUUGAGUGCUGGUGACAUAUUAAAGGUUUAUCGGCAACAAGAUGAUGGUUGGUGGUUAGGUGAAUGCAAUGGCAACGUUGGAAUAUUUCCGGCAACUUAUGUAGAAAUUGUGCCUGCCUAAACGUCCCCUUGAGUGGGUUGUUUUAUGAAUAAAGACUGAAAACACGACACACAAAAAUGAAAAUCUAUGUAUUUAUAUUAGUAUCUAUUGUCAGGUACUUUUUAUUGUAUAAAAUAUUGUGUAAAAUUAUUAAUAUUUAAGUCUUCCAUUGAUAUUAUUUAUUACCAUAAUUUUAGGAAAUUUAAGAAGGUUGACUACAGUUUUUACUUAAAUUUCUCUGAAAAGGUAAAUAAUUUGAUAUUUUUACAUACUUAAUUGACUUACAUUGUCGAGUGACGUAAUAAGUUUUAUUGUUAUCUUUGUCCUAACAAUUUUGAAAUUUCUGAAUAAAUUAUUCUUAUUAAUGUAAUAUUAACGAA